UGUGAGAGAGAGAGAGCGAGCUUAGGUACCAGAGGCAGUGACUCGGGAGAGUGUCGGCAGGGGGAAGAGGGAGGUUAUAUUUCUGCAAUGCCGAAUAAAGCGAAAAAGGAGAAGGAGCCUGCGAAGUCUGGGAAAACUGGCAAAGCUGGAGUCAAAGAUGGACAGGAAAGUUCCGAACACGAGAGUUCAAAUAAGAAAAAUAGCAACAAUGCCCCUCCUACGACACAGCUAAUGAAGGUGAAACUGCCUGGCACGCAGACUGCAGUGAAGAAAGAGAAACGUCAGAGUUCGUCCAGGUUCAGUCUUAGCAACAACAGAGAGCUGCAGAAACUUCCGGCUUUCAAAGAUGUUCCUCCUGCGGAACAUGAAAAGCUUUUUCGUCAGAAGCUGCAGCAGUGCUGCAUCCUGUUUGACUUUGUUUCGGAUCCACUAAGUGACCUAAAGUGGAAGGAGAUUAAAAGAACAGAUCUCAGUGAGAUGGUGGAGUACAUCACGCACAACAGAAAUGUCAUCACAGAGCACGUAUAUCCAGAUGCCGUUCAUAUGUUUUCAGUGAACAUGUUUAGGACAUUACCACCAUCCUCCAAUCCCACUGGAGCAGAAUUUGAUCCUGAGGAAGAUGAGCCAACACUUGAAGCUGCGUGGCCACACCUACAGCUUGUCUAUGAAUUUUUUCUUAGGUUUUUAGAGUCACCAGACUUCCAACCAAAUAUAGCUAAAAAAUACAUUGACCAGAAAUUUGUUUUGCAGCUUUUAGAACUCUUUGACAGUGAGGAUCCACGUGAGAGGGAUUUCCUGAAAACGACUCUUCACAGGAUCUAUGGCAAAUUUCUUGGUCUAAGGGCAUAUAUCAGGAAACAGAUCAAUAAUAUAUUUUAUAGGUUCAUUUAUGAAACGGAACACCACAAUGGAAUUGCUGAACUACUGGAGAUAUUGGGAAGCAUAAUUAAUGGAUUUGCCUUACCAUUAAAAGAAGAGCACAAGAUUUUCUUACUGAAAGUUUUGCUGCCUUUGCACAAAGUCAAGUCACUUAGUGUCUACCAUCCACAGCUGGCAUACUGUGUUGUUCAGUUUCUAGAGAAGGACAGCACUCUCACUGAACCAGUUGUUAUGGCACUUCUCAAAUACUGGCCAAAGACCCACAGUCCAAAGGAAGUUAUGUUUCUUAACGAGCUAGAGGAAAUAUUGGAUGUAAUUGAACCAUCAGAGUUUGUGAAGGUCAUGGAGCCUCUAUUUAGACAGCUGGCAAAGUGUGUUUCCAGUCCGCAUUUUCAGGUUGCAGAAAGAGCAUUGUACUAUUGGAAUAAUGAGUACAUAAUGAGCCUAAUCAGCGACAAUGCAGCCAAGAUUUUGCCCAUCAUGUUCCCAUCUCUGUAUCGCAAUUCAAAGACUCACUGGAACAAAACCAUCCAUGGUUUGAUCUACAAUGCUCUGAAGCUCUUCAUGGAAAUGAAUCAGAAGCUGUUUGAUGAUUGUACUCAACAGUUCAGAGCAGAAAAGAAUAAAGAGAAGGUAAAGUCAAAAGAGAGGGAGGAGGCCUGGAUUAAGAUUGAAAUUCUUGCCAAAUCAAACCCACAGUACCAUGUGUAUGUUGAUUCCUCUGGCCUCAAUAGUCCAGUAGAAAUGGAGACAGAUGGUCCCUUGAUAGAAGAUGUUCAGAUGUUAAAAAAGACUGUAGAGGAAGAAGCUACUCAGUUGCAGAGAGAUCAGCGAAAGGACCGGCCUCUGGUGCGACGCAAGUCUGAGCUGCCUCAGGAUAUUUACACCGUGAAAGCCUUGGAAUCCCAUCGCCGCGCUGAAGAAAUGUUGACGACUCAUGAUGGGCACUAGACAGGCGGGUGGUUUUCCUGCCCUGAAACCUUCAGCACAUCUAAAAUACUGGCACGGAAACAACGAGACGUGCCCGUGUUAUACCGUUCCCGCGCUCUGAUCAUUAUUGGUUUCCGCUUUCUCAGGUGUUCUUUUUUGUUUUUCUUUUUUCCUCCUGAAUGUUAUGUGCCUGUAUUGGAUUUUUGUCAUUUCAUUCAAAAAAAAAAACUCAGAACAUAAGCUCCCAAGAUACUUGGUCAGUUGCAUGUGGAGAGUGAAUGCAAUGUACAGUGUAGCUGGGGAGAAACUUAAGGAGAAAGCAAAAACUGAGUGGGGUGGUGCUGCUUUUUUUUCUUUUUAAAGGGAACAAACCAGGAAAGGCAACAGGUUGGAUACCAGUUUCUCUUUCAAGCCCAGGGACAGCUGCCAGUGCCAAGACAUUUUUAUUCAUUUUAUUGAUUACAUGUUAAUAUUUAAUCGUCUAACCUUUUUAACAGUGGGGAGGGGGACUUCUGAAGAGGUGUCAGUUUUGGCCACAGAUUUUCUAAUCAGUCUAAAAAUGUGCAGAUGAACGGCAUAUUUGAUGGAGCUGUUCCCUCGGAGUGGAGUUAUCAAAAGGAAGGAAACAUUUUUUCUGGACUCUGUUCUACAGUAGAAGAUCUUUACAAGUUUUGUGCCAUACCAAUUACUUCUACUUUUUUAAAAAUAAAAUUAGUACAGUUCUUUAGGCAAUAAGCUUACUCAGAAUGCAUUUUGAACUUGGUAGUUCAAACAAUGGUAAAUUUCAUUAAGAGCAUCAGAUUGGGCUGUCAAAUUGCACAAUAUCCCAGGCUACAAUGCUGAUCUGUUCAAAUGUUUUUUUUGUACAAAGUGUAAAAUAUUAGAGACCAUUUUUUUAAAGAUUUCUCUAUUGAGUAUUGUUUCCAUUUACUUUACCACCAUUAAUAAGACUUCAUUCUGUUAGUAGAUGUUGUUUGAAAGAAGCCCGUUUCAGUGGCUAACUCUUUACCUUCAGGUAAAAUGACUAACCCUCUGGGAAUUAAGUCAUAGCAGUAGAAUCCAAAUUGAAUAGGAUGUAGAAAUGCUGAACAUGUCGCCUAUAUACAUUAAUAUGCAUGCUUUGCACUCAGUGCAUCUUGCUAUUGCUGUUAUGCAGUACAUUCCAGUGACAGUUGCAUACCUUUAAGCAGCUAUGAUUUGGUUGUGCACAUUGUCAGUCUCAUUUAAUAUGAUGCUAAAAAGGGGUAGUAAUUUUCUGUUCAUCAGCAGUAUCCCUUGUUCCUAUUCAGUAUAUUUAGCAUUAUUGUUUGCCUUUGUGAUUUACCUAAAAAAAUGUAAUUUAGGUUACCCCUAAAGCAGGGAAGGUUUUAUCCUAUAAGUGAUGUUAUUCUACAGGCAUUCAGGGUAAUUUGGAGUUAGAGGCAAACCCACAUCUCAUCCCAGUGGCUAUAUAAUUUGUGUUCCCAUGUUUAGGCAGUGGUUAUUCUCACAGGUGCUUAACCUUAGAACUUGGAAAGUACUGUAAUCUUUAUUAAUGUUAUAGAACAGUCUUUCUCGAUUAUAUAAAGGUCUUUCCAUGAGUGCCUUUAUUAUAUAAAAAAGAUUGGUAAAUACUGGCCUCAAUAAGAGGAGAGCCAAUAGUUUGGUGUACCAACCACUUUACCUUUCAUAUUUAGUCAAUUUCCCUUGGCAGAAGAAAAAUCCAUAUGGAUAUAUGCAUUUGUUCCAGAUGGUGGUUAACAAAGUUACCAUAUGAAAUUCUGCUCCUGUUGAAUUGCAGCUGAUUUGAAAACUUGAGAAUGCUGCAAAACAGCUUGUUGAACUACCUAAAAAGCACUUCCUGUUAAACUUGAAAAAAUGCGCUGUGUUGUACUAUCCCAAAUGAAGCAGUCUUGCUUUUCUCCAUGUUUCUGUGUAUUUAUCCCCCUUUUUUACUUGACAGAGGCUGUCCCAACAUGCCUCCCUGUCAAGGAGAGAAGAGUGCUUAGUUUUCUGUUUUUGUUUUUUUUGUCAGUCUUCAUACCAUUGUUUGAACUUCCAUGUUUGUUAACUGGUAGUUCACCAAAUAGUCCUCUGGUCUGGGUGUACAAUGUUUAUGGAAAGUUAUUUCUUUGCCCACUCAACUGUGUCUGUUUAAUGUUUGGUUGAAUGUGCAAAAUGUAAAAUAUACUACCAUGUUCAGCAUUUUUCUUCUCUUCUUGAAGAACAACAAUCACCAAACUAUUUUUCCCUCUUAACAAAGAUAUAUUGCUGUUAUAUUAAUAGUUUGAAUUGUUUUACAGGAUGGUGCCGCAUUUUCUAAUGAAACAACCUUUGAGCUUUUUUUGUAUUGCUGUAAUGGUACCAAUGAAUUACUGAAUUCGUACAAAAAAGCAGAAAAAGAUGGUUUUUGGUGACUGUUUUUCUUUCAUCAGUGGCUUUACUUCAGCAUCUGCAAGUUUGUUUGUGCUUUCCGAAAUACAAUAACGGCAAGUGUCCUUUAGUAUGCGAUCUGUACUAAAUGGCUUCAUUUAAUAUUGUACAUACAAUGUACUUUGUUUUAUGUAGUGUUAUAUAUCUAUUAAACAUUAGGUUUCAUAUUUUGUACAAAAUGGUCCUAUGUACAGAAUAAAACGUUAAUAGCAUCUGCAAAAAUUUGAUAAGUGGCAGACUUUUCUUUUUGACAGUCCCUGUAUCUAUCUGCAUUAGAAAUGUUAAAACAUUUAAAUUCUAAUAUUUUUAUCAAUUUGUAAUUCUCAAGAUUUGUUUCCACAAUGAUUGUCUGUGACAAAAAUCUUCAUACAUCAGCCUUUUGUGUGCUUUUAUCCAAUUCUAAAGUUGUGUACAUCGAAAUAGAAUAAAUGAAGAGAACGUGGAUUUUAUAUUUUCA